GUCUUCGAGGGCAGCGCCGUGCUGCUCUGCUCCGUCGUGGGCAUGCUGCUGGAGCAGUUUGCGGCGCAGGGUCCUGCUCUGCAGCUCUUGGACUCCUCUCAGCACCACUGGGUGUUCCUGAUGAACUGGCAGCACAGCACCAUGUACCUGUUCUUCUCUCUGUGGGCCGCCGUGUCUCUGAUCGUCCAGAGCAGCGAGGCGGCGCCGCUCGCUCUGGACCGCCUGAUGCUGGCCGUCGCCUUCUUCAACGAGGGCUUCCUGUUCCUGUACCACCUUCACGGCCGCUCUCCUCUGGACGUCCACCUCCACCAGCUGCUGCUCUUCUGUGUGUUCGGCCUGGCUCUGCUCUGCUUCCUGGAGGUCUUCCAGAGAGGGAACCUGGUCCUGGAGCUGCUGCGCUGCACACUGACGCUGCUGCAGGGGAGCUGGUUCUGGCAGAUCGGCUUCGUGCUGUACUCCCCCCACGGGCAGGUCUGGGAUCAGUCGGAUCACAACAACGUGAUGUUCGUCACCAUGUGCUUCUCCUGGCACCUCGCCGUCGCCAUGGUUACCGUCAGCGGGAUCUACGCCGCCGUCACCUGUGUGGUUCGCUCGCGGCUCAGACGGACUCCUCCGAUGGAGAUGGGUCUCCUGAAGCCUCGAGACCGAGAGCCGGAGUCUGAGGACGAGAUCUUAUAGACCAGAUCCUAUAAAGACGAGAUCUUAUAGACGAGAUCUUAUAGACGAGAUCUUAUAGACGAGAUCUUGAAAAGACGAGAUCUUGAAAAGACCAGAUCCUAUAAAGACCAGAUCCUAUAAAGACGAGAUCUUGAAAAGACGAGAUCUUAUAGACGAGAUCCUAUAAAGACGAGAUCUUAAAGACGAGAUCUUGAAAAGACUGUCAGAGUUUAUGGAUCGUAUCUCAUAAAGAGGACUGUCGUUAUGUAUAAAUCAGAAUUCAAUCAGGGAUGUUUCCAGCAGCGCUACGAUGGAAACACAGCGGAGGAAAUAUAUCUCCUCCUCUGACGCCUCAGUGUUCAUCGCUAUUUAUUUCUCCGUGGCUUCACACACUCUGUUCCUUAUCAGUGAUGAUUUGCACACACAUUUGAACAUGAACUCAUGUAAGGGAAGCUUUUCAUGGAUCUUCAUCCUGUCCUCUAUCGCCAUCUUGUGUCUUUGUGUCGAACCCGAAUGCCAAAAAAUAAGGUUUGUAUUCAAUUGUUUUAAAUCUUGCUCUUUGAUGUUAUUAAAGACUAUAUUCCUACUGUU